AUGGCUUCUCAUAGGGACCCCAGUGUGGGUCGCACCAAGUGGCUAGACGGCCUGCGAGGUAUUGCAGCAGCGAUAGUAUUCAUAGAUCAUGGAUUUCUGGGUGCAGUCCAAUGGCCAUUUCGUUCGUAUUGGGCUGAGCCGACAUCCGAGAAUCGUCGUUUGAUGCAACUGCCACCGUUCCGCAUUCUUUUCGCUGCUCGCUCUAUGGUCGCUCUUUUUUUUGUGAUAUCCGGAUAUGCGAUUUCCAUCAAUUUGUUGCGGGCACGACUAAAUGGCAAUCAUAAUUUAUCCUUCUACAGCCGGGUCGGGUCGGCCAUCACUCGUCGCAUAUUUCGCAUUUAUCUGCCGGUAUUGAUCAUUGUCACUGUAUCCCAAGUUCUUUUCUUUAUGGAUUUGUUUACCUGGGACUUUGGCGCUGCUGUUCAGGGUGUUGAGCCAUGGACUGCUCCCUGGCGCCAUGUGAUUUACCUCUUGGGAUACAUGUCUGAUGCUAUAAACCCACUGGCUCUCCAGCAUAACGAGGGGCUUAAUGCACAACUGUGGACAAUGCCUGUAGAAUUCCGUGGCUCAUGUGUCGUCUAUCUCUUGAUCACUGGCAUGGCUCGCUGGCGACCACGAACUCGCUUCGCAGCUCUGGGGUUGAUCACAUGCUAUUUUUUGUGGUAUGGUAUGUGGGAUACGUUCACCUUUAUUGCAGGCCUGUUGCUUGCAGAGCUCAAGGUUGCCGAUGAAGAGAAUCACCAUUAUGAGGAUUAUGAGGGCCAAGCUGUAAUGGGAUUGCCUCUACCCCAGAGUAGUAACACCAAGAAGCAACAAAGGAAAGGUGACCCCGAGAAGGGGAGUUGGAAAGUACCCAAUCUUGCUAUUUUCUCACUUGGGACCUAUCUCCUAUGUCUUAGCGACGAGGAAGUACUACCUUUUGGCUACAGUUUUCUCACCCCGUUCCAACCCUACCACUGGCACAACCUGGAUGAAUUCAACAUCAACUGGAGUUCUAAUAUUAGCUGGAAGGCCAUUGGUGCCGUCCUAACUAUAUAUGGUAUAAGCAACUCAUCAUCUCCAUCAUCAUCCUAUGAAGGCUAUUCUUUCCUUCAACGUCGUCUCUCAACCCCUGUAGCACAGUAUCUCGGCAAAAUCUCAUUUUCGUUAUACCUCAUCCACCAAUCUGUCUAUCAUUUAUGGCUUAUGCCAAUUGUGAACUUGAUAUGGUCUUCUUUAGCAUCAUCUCCAUAUCCCGGUCCCAUUGAAGCCCCUGAGAAAAAUCCAUUUGCAUUUUUCAUGAUGUGGGUUGGCAUGUAUGCAAUUUUAGCCCCUGUGACGUUUUGGCUAUCAGAUUUGUACACGAGAUAUGUUGACGUCAAGUGUGUUGAUCUAGCGAGGAAGCUCGAAAAGCAUUUUGUUUAA